CCGGCGGCCGCUUCCCACCCCCGAGCCGGAGCCGGUGCCGAGCGGAGCGGAGCCGAGGUCGGUCCGGGAGCGGAGCCGGCUGAGCGACGCCGAGCUCCCGCCAUGGCCCGGAACACCCUGUCUUCGCGCUUCCGCCGGGUGGAUAUCGACGAGUUUGACGAGAACAAAUUCGUGGACGAGCAGGAGGAGGCGGCGGCGGCGGCGGGAGAGCCAGGCCCGGACCCUAGCGAGGUGGACGGGCUCCUGCGGCAAGGGGACAUGCUUCGGGCGUUCCACGCUGCCUUGCGGAACUCUCCGGUCAACACCAAGAACCAGGCUGUGAAGGAGCGAGCCCAGGGCGUGGUGCUGAAGGUGCUCACUAACUUCAAGAGCAGCGAAAUUGAGCAGGCAGUGCAGUCGCUGGACAGAAAUGGCAUCGACUUGUUAAUGAAGUACAUUUAUAAAGGGUUUGAGAAGCCCACAGAAAACAGCAGUGCAGUGCUGCUGCAGUGGCACGAAAAGGACGGGGGGCCCUUGCUGUGUGCCAUGGGUGCAGGUGACCAGGCGCGGUGUGGAGUGGCAGGGAUGCUUCCUGGCUGGCUGGAGCGUCAUGGUACUUUCUUGGCAUUGGUGGAGUCAACUGCUGGGCCUUAGCAGUAGGAGGACUAGGCUCCAUUAUUAGAGUUCUUACAGCAAGAAAGACUGUUUAAAAGUCAAAGGACUUGUUACCUCGAGAACUGUGGAUGCCCAGGCCGGUGCAGAAGGGACUGACAAUGGACCACCUUCCUAGGAGCGCCCGACUCGACUCUUCCAGGACACGUGGCCGCUGAAGUGUAUUUUAUUUUCAAGGUGGAGGGAGAAAUCGUCUGUUUCCCAAAUCCUUUGCAGGAUCUGAUCGUCUCUUAUGCCUUCGUCUACACAGCACUGCAGAAUGGGCACUGGACCGGACAGAGAGGCUGGCCAGCACUCAGGUGGAGCUGUGUGUGCUGCCGGCUGAGGCUGGGGGAGGGAUGGGUUGGCAGGUGCAGACCCAAGGGCUGUGGUGAAAGGGACAGCUUGUGGGAAAACCCGAGUUUGUACAGACCCCCGACCUCCCGGGAAGGUGGGCUCUCGGGUUCGUUGUAAAGUGCCUGCUGCAUCAAUAAAGCUCUUGGCUUCUUAGUAUACA